CCUGGUAAUCUAUUUUAGUGCAUGAGAUAUCGUCUGCUUGAAAACAUGCCGGAAAAACCUACUUGCGUUUCAUGAGCAUAAAAGCCACAUCGAUUUUUCGCGCCAGCAUUUGCAAGCCUGGACAACAAGCAGACUAGCGAAAUAUCAACGAACGAAAGGAAAAGACUUUGCUAAGUUCGCAUUUGCCUGGAAUUGUAAUUUAACGUUCAUUUCUUAUACAAGGAGGAAGAAGUUUAUCUUUUCAAAGUUUUAUCUGAAUAAGAAACUCUUGACUGUGCCUUGCAACGAACAUUUUCGCUUUCUCAAGUGAACACUUUCGUUUCCGGAUAAACUCUGUACAACUUCUGCGACAAAACGAAAAUGACAGCCAUUGGGAUUGAUUUAGGCACAACAUAUUCAUGUGUUGCUGUCUUCCAGUACGGAAAGGUGGAGAUUAUUGCCAAUGACCAAGGUAACAGGACCACCCCCAGUUAUGUUGCGUUCACUGACAUCGAGAGACUCAUUGGCGACGCUGCGAAAAACCAAGUGGCCAUGAACCCGAGGAAUACGGUGUUUGAUGCCAAGAGGUUGAUCGGGAGGAAAUUCACAGAUGAAACGGUUCAGGGCGACAUGCUGCAUUGGCCCUUUGAGGUUGUCAAUGAUUCUGACAAACCGAAAAUACAAGUUGAAUAUAAAGGCGAGCUUAAGACAUUUGCGGCCGCGGAGAUUAGCUCUAUGGUGCUGUCGAAAAUGAAGGAGACGGCAGAGGCGUAUUUGGGACAAAAGGUCUCAGACGCUGUCAUCACUGUCCCGGCCUAUUUCAACGACUCGCAGAGACUAUCCACAAAGGAUGCAGGGGUUAUCGCUGGACUGAACGUUUUGAGGGUUAUCAAUGAACCGACUGCGGCCGCCCUUGCGUAUGGAUUACACCAAAACCUGAAAGGUGAGAAGAACAUCCUGCUCUUUGAUUUGGGAGGCGGAACUUUUGAUGUUUCCAUCUUGACUGUGGAUGAGGGGUCGCUGUUUGAGGUGAGGUCCACAGCCGGAGACACUCAUCUUGGAGGUGAGGACUUCGAUAAUAGAAUGGUUGAUUAUUUCGUGAAGGAUUUCCAACGAAAACACAAAAAGGAUAUUUCCAGCAACCCGCGUGCACUGCGUCGUCUGCGCACAGCCUGUGAGCGCGCCAAACGCUCACUUAGCAGCUCCGCUGAGGCCACCAUUGAGAUUGACUCGCUCUGCGAAGGUGUCGACUUCUACACGAAAAUAACUCGAGCAAGAUUUGAGGACCUUUGUCUUGAUCUGUUCCGUAGUACUCUUGAACCGGUGGAGAAGGCACUCAGAGAUGCCAAAAUGGACAAGGGUAAAAUAGACGCAAUCGUCCUUGUCGGAGGUUCAACACGUAUCCCGAAAAUCCAGAAGCUGCUCCAGGACUAUAUGGGUGGGAAAGAGCUGAAUCAGUCCAUCAACCCGGAUGAAGCUGUCGCAUACGGAGCCGCGGUCCAGGCGGCCAUCUUGACCGGGAACAAGGAUGAGGCCAUCAAAGAUGUCCUCCUUGUCGACGUCGCACCACUGUCGCUUGGUAUCGAGACAGCCGGUGGAGUGAUGACAAAACUCGUGGAGCGCAACCAAAAGAUUCCCUACACGGCCAGCAAGACGUUCACGACGUAUUCAGACAACCAGCAUUCCGUCAUGAUCCAGGUCUUUGAGGGGGAAAGAACCAUGACGAAAGACAACAACCUGCUGGGGCAGUUUCAAUUAAUCGGGAUACCGCCAGCGCCUCGUGGCAUCCCACAAAUCGAAGUCUCAUUCGAUAUCGAUGCGAACGGAAUCCUCAACGUGUCGGCGAAAGACUCCGGCUCCGGCAAGAGCAACAAGGUGACCAUUACAAACGACAAGAGCAGACUGUCAAAGGCGGAUAUUGAUAGAAUGGUAGCAGACGCCGACAAAUACCGCGAGGAAGACAACAAACAGCGAGACAGGGUGAUGGCCAGGAACAACCUCGAAUCGCUAGCGUACCAGUACAAGAGUGCAGUCGCAGAGGACAGCAGCGGGAAACUCACAGCAGACGACAAGGAAACAGUCAACAGAAAGUGUAAUGACGUCGCGAGUUGGUUGGAGAUCAAUGGUGUGGCUGAGAAGGAGGAGUGUGAUGACCAGAUGAAGGCUAUGCAGGAAGUAUGUGGUCCCAUCAUGGCCAAGCUCCACGGUGCAGAUGGUGGUACUCAGGAGCAACCAGAGCCAAGCCAGACCAACGGAGGAGGACCAACUGUCGAAGAGGUGGAUUAAAGGUGAAAUGCUUUGUUUCCCACAGCCCAACAGGGCUAAUCCCUUCUGUUUGUAAUUUAAAACAAAUGACAUUUAGAUGUUAUACAUGUACAAUGUUGUUGGUCGUUGUCAUAGCUGUCACAACCAGCACAACCACGACGACUGUGUCCUUAUACAUACUUAUAAAUUUAUAUCUCCUGCCGAUAUCAUGACUUGUCUAGGCAAAAAAUUUUUUCGCGCUUUUCAUGUCAGGUAUUGAACAAAUCAAAAGAAGGCCGUCUGUACUGAGGCCUGUACAAAUGCAUGUUCAGUGGAACCCCUCAGCAGCCACCUUUGUAAGCAAGACACCCGUUCUACUGAUUCACCGAUUUUGAUCCCAAAUGGAUAAUAUCUAUAUGGGCUGACCUCUGUAAUCAGGACGCUUUCCCAGGAAUGACAGCAUUGUUAGUCCCAAGGAUGUCCUCAAUAGAGAGGUUCCACUGGCAUGGCAUAUGAUAAAUGUAUCCUAACCAAUAUUCAAAUUAGUCUUAUCUAUAGGGAUGUUCUAUUGUGUCUGAAUGUUCCAGGGUAACUGUUCAUUGAUUUGAUCAUGAAAUCAUGUAACAAUGUAUUCGACAUUGAUUGAGUAAAAACUGACUUUAUAUCGUUUAUAAUUUAUCUUCUAGCUCUUGUGCGCUGCGACAUUUGAGAAUUAUUGAUUGUAUUGUGUGUUUGCUACAUGUAGCUUUACUGAAUAAUAGCUGUAUA